AUCCAAUCUAACGGUUGAAAUUGUGUAAGAUCUUAUUAGAUCAACAAGAACAUUUGUUUUCUUUGGUUAGAGGAAAGAAAAUUAAGAUGGUUUUGGAAGAUGAGAAGAAGAAAGGAGAAGCGUCAGGAGAGACAUCAGAGAAAAUUGGGUUAAGCAGAAAGAACAGUGAGAGCUCUUUGUCUCCUACAGAGGAUGAUGAUGAAGAUGAAGACAAGAAGCUCGAACUCGGUCCCAUGAUCGCUCUCAAAGAACAACUUGAAAAAGACAAGGAUGAUGAAAGCCUGAGGAGAUGGAAGGAACAGCUUCUUGGCGUUGUGGAUUUGGAGGAUGUCGGAGAAACACCAGAUCCAGUAGUAAAGAUACUAGAUCUCACAGUUAGAUCACCGGACAGAGAGGAAAUGGUAUUGACAAUACCAGAUGAUGGGUUACCAAACCCGAAAGGCCCUUGGUUUACGAUAAAGGAAGGUUCUAAAUACACACUUGUCUUCAACUUCCGUGUCACAAACAAUAUCGUUUCGGGCCUUCGCUAUAACAAUACCGUAUGGAAAACCGGUGUUAAAGUGGAUAGUACGAAAGCAAUGCUUGGGACGUUUAGUCCUCAAGCCGAGCCUUACCAACAUGUAAUGCCUGAAGAAAUGACACCGUCUGGUAUGUUUGCUAGAGGAUCCUAUUCCGCAAGAACUAAGUUUGUCGAUGACGAUAACAAAUGCUACUUGGAGAUCAACUACACCUUUGACAUCCGCAAGAGUUGGCAAUGAUCCACCGUAUAUACAUUCUCCAAAGCCUAAACCAAAGCUCAUUUGAAUAUUUGAUAAUAUAUAUACAUUUUAAUCUUCAUUCGAUUUUGCGGACUAGAAAAUUGAUUUAGCUUUUGAUUAAAUGAGCAUAAUUAAU